GGAGGGACAUGAGGACCGCAGCUCGGGUCUUUUUCCAGCUCAACGCGGUGCUUGUCGUUGUCAGAGAGAGAGAGAGAGAGAGAGAGAGAGAGAGAGACAGACAGAGAGAGAGAGAGACAGAGAGAGAGAGAGAGAGACAGACAGAGAGAGAGAGAGACAGACAGAGAGAGAGAGAGAGAGACAGACAGAGAGAGAGAGAGAUCUGUCCAGCAGAAGAAGUGUUUACACUUUCUCUGAAUAGGAACAUUGAAUUUAUAUUUUGGAAGAAAGGCAUUUUACACCGUAAUAUUGCCAAAUUUAACAUACGCCUUCUUUCGUAUGUGUCAUUUAUUUAUAAUGGGAAUAAAUGGAAAUGGACCAGAAGCCAGACUUGGAAGCAACACUUCUGCAGCUUUAGAGAAUAAAACAAAUGAUCACCUCUUGAAGUAACCGUAACGUUAAUAACUCCUCACCGAAUGAUAUACCGACGUGUAUUUGCACAAGCCAACUUGUUUAAAUGUAAAGUGGAGUAGCUUGGUGUUAACUUUUCCAGCCAGUUAGAUAGCUGUCAUGGAUAUCUGUUCAAGACCUAGUGGAGAAAUCCAAAGAAGAAACCCACAGCAGGAUUUCGAGCUCAUUCAACGAGUUGGGAGCGGCACAUAUGGAGACGUAUACAAGGCUCGAAACAUCCAAACGGGAGAGCUUGCUGCUGUUAAGAUUAUUAAACUGGAGCCAGGGGAUGACUUCUCCAUCAUCCAGCAGGAGAUCUUCAUGGUGAAGGAAUGCAUGCACCACAACAUAGUGGCCUACUUCGGGAGCUACCUCUGCCGUGACAAGCUGUGGAUCUGUAUGGAGUACUGUGGGGGAGGAUCUCUACAGGACAUAUAUCAUGUGACGGGUCCCCUAUCAGAGCUGCAGAUAGCCUACGUCUGCAGAGAGACCAUACAGGGUCUGGGAUAUCUACACUCCAAGGGAAAAAUGCACCGUGAUAUCAAGGGUGCAAAUAUCCUCCUAACAGACAACGGGCAUGUGAAACUAGCUGAUUUUGGAGUAGCAGCCAAAAUAACAGCCACCAUUGCCAAGAGGAAGUCCUUCAUCGGGACUCCUUACUGGAUGGCCCCGGAGGUAGCAGCAGUAGAGAAGAACGGAGGUUACAACCAGCUGUGUGACAUCUGGGCCGUGGGCAUCACCUCCAUAGAACUGGCCGAGCUGCAGCCUCCUAUGUUUGACCUGCACCCAAUGAGGGCUCUGUUUCUCAUGUCAAAGAGCAGCUUUCAGCCUCCCAAGCUAAAACACAAAACUAAGUGGACCACAUCCUUCCAUAACUUUGUUAAAGUCUCGCUGACCAAGAACCCGAAGAAGAGACCGACAGCUGAGAAGCUCUUAAUGCAUUUGUUUGUAGGUCAGACGGGGCUGACCAGGAGAGUAGCUCUGGAGCUGCUGGACAAGAUGAACAACCCAGACAACCACCAACACUUCUCUGAGGUGGACGACGAUGACCUGGAGCCUCUUUCAGCAGUGAGACACAUCAUUCGUUCAACCAACAAACACUCCAGAGCAGAGAGAACUCGCUCAGAGAUCAACUCAGCAGGAAACGGAAAUGAUGCAUCUCCAGGAAGGCCGUGCUCGAGCCCUGGCCCCCCUAACUAUCCUGCUAGUUUCCAUAGCUACCCUAUCUACGCUACAGAGGAGACGGACAGGGCCGAGGACAGGGGGGACCCAGUUGAUAAAGUGAAGUUUGAACCUCCGCUGAGGAAGGAAACAGAGGCUCACAUUGAAAUGGACGUGACUAAACACAGCGACUUCCCCUCUCCCUGGAGCCCUUUCGCAGAGGGAGGCAUCUCUACCAGGGGACACAUGGCCCAUCUGGAGGACGCCUUUGAAGACGUGGAGCUGUCGACCCUCAAGCACGGAAUCCCACCUCCUCUACCUCCAAAGCCUCAUCUGAGCAGUUUGUCAGAUGAGCCAGAUGUGAGUGAUGAGAGGUGUCUGACAGUGAGGAGAUUUCCAGGCUCAGAGGACAGCCCAGGUCCAGGCCUGUUCCCCCGGAGGCUGAGCACCCCAGAGCAGGGCAACAAGCCAUUUGUUUAUGCGGAGCAUUCUGGUCCGGACUACCUGUCAGCCAGCGGCAGUAGCCCCAAUCUGCUAUCUACGUCCACAGCCUCAGACCCUGAUCCCGAUGACGGUGUGAACGGAGACAAUCCCAGUCCUCGUCCCAGCCGACCACAGAGGACGGAGAAGAAAGACUACCUUAAACCUGCCAUUAACGGCCUGCCGCCAACUCCUAAAGUUCUGAUGGGGGCCUGUUUCUCCAAGGUGUUUGAUGGCUGCCCACUGAACAUCAACUGUGCCACGUCGUGGAUACACCCUGAUACCAAAGACCAGUACCUUAUAUUUGGGACGGAGGAUGGGAUCUAUACCCUCAACCUGAAUGAGCUGCAUGAAGCCACCAUGGAACAGCUGUUCCCCAGGAAGUGUACCUGGCUCUACAUCAUCAACAACAACCUGAUGUCUCUGUCAGAAGGGAAGACCUUCCAGCUCUACUCACACAACCUGAUUGGGCUGUUUGAGCAGCUGAAGAAGCCUGGCCUCGCCUCUCAGUUCCAAACACACCGCUUCCCAGACAAGAUGUUACCAAGGAGGUUUGCCUUAACAACGAAGAUCCCUGACACAAAGGGCUGUCACAAGUGUUGCAUUGUGAGGAACCCGUAUACGGGCCAUAAGUACCUGUGUGGAGCACUCCAGUUUGGGAUAAUCCUGCUACAGUGGUAUGAACCCAUGCAGAGGUUCAUGCUUAUCAAGCACUUUGACUUCCCCCUACCCAGCCCUCUGAAGGUGUUUGAGAUGUUAGUGGUUCCAGAGCAGGAAUACCCCAUGGUGUGUGUCGCUGUCAGCCAGGCCACGGAGCCAGGCCAGGUGGUUCGCUUUGAGACCAUCAACCUCAACUCCUGCUCUUCCUGGUUCACUGAGAUGGGAUCAACUGGUCGAGCAGUGGACGCCAUCCAUGUGACCCAGCUGGAGAGGGACACCUUGCUAGUGUGCCUGGACAAAAAUCUCAAGAUCGUUAACCUCCAGGGAAGACUGAAGUCCAACAAGAAGCUAGCCUCGGAGCUCAGCUUUGACUUCACCAUUGGAUCCGUUGUGUGCCUUCAGGACAGUGUUCUGGCCUUCUGGAAGCACGGCAUGCAGGGAAAGAGCUUCAAAUCCAACGAGGUCACCCAGGAGAUUUCUGAUCCCAGCAGAGUCUUCCGCCUCCUAGGAUCUGACAGGGUGGUGGUUCUGGAGAGCCGGCCCACUGACAACCCCACAGCCCUCAGCAACCUCUACAUCCUGGCCGGGCAUGAGAACAGUUACUAGCCCUGACCCCAGCCCUGUCCCUGUUACUGAGAACAGUUAGUAGCCCUGACCCCAGCCCUGUCCCUGUUACUGAGAACAGUUAGUAGCCCUGACCCCAGCCCUGUCCCUGUUACUGAGAACAGUUAGUAGCCCUGACCCCAGCCCCGUCCCUGUUACUGAGAACAGUUAGUAGCCCUGACCCCAUCCCCGUCCCUGUUACUGAGAACAGUUAGUAGCCCUGACCUCAGCCCUGUCCCUGUUACUGAGAACAGUUAGUAGCCCUGACCCCAGCCCUGUCCCUGUUACUGAGAACAGUUAGUAGCCCUGACCCCAGCCCUGUUGUUACUGAGAACAGUUAGUAGCCCUGACCCCAGCCCCAUCCCUGUUACUGAGAACAGUUAGUAGCCCUGACCCCAGCCCCGUCCCUGUUACUGAGAACAGUUAGUAGCCCUGACCCCAGCCCUGUUGUUACUGAGAACAGUUAGUAGCCCUGACCCCAGCCCUGUUCCUGUUACUGAGAACAGUUACUAGCCCUGACCCCAGACCUGUCCCUGUUACUGAGAACAGUUACUAGCCCUGACCCCAGCCCUGUUGUUACUGAGAACAGUUACUAGCCCUGACCCUAGCCCUGUCCCUGUUACUGAGAACAGUUACUAGCCCUGUUACUGAGAACAGUUGCUAAAGCUGUCUGGCCCAAAGACCGGUAGCCCUGUCUGGCUCAGCCUCUCUGAUCACCAGUAACCCUUCACUCAGCCUCUCUGAUCACCAAUAACCCUUCACUCAGCCUCUCUGAUCACCAGUAACCCUUCACUCAGCCUCUCUGAUCACCAGUAACCCUUCACUCAGCCUCUCUGAUCACCAGUAACCCUUCACUCAGCCUCUCUGAUCACCAGUAACCCUUCACUCAGCCUCUCUGAUCACCAGUAACCCUUCACUCAGCCUCUC